AUGUCGGGAUCAACACUGGUAGUGGCCGCGAUUCGCCGCCAGCCUGCUCAGUGCUUGUUCCGAAUUGCGCACCAGCGAUACUGCCGAAGCAGCAGCAGCAGGGCAUCGCCAUACAGCGUGGCGCGCUUUGGGUCGUCCAGUCAGAGGCUCAGCCAGAGGUUCAAUGGCACCUGCAGCAUUGGAACAGCGUCCAGUGCGAUCGACGCAGCUACCUCGAGCAAGACCAGGGCAGCCACUGUGACGUGUGGGAAGCGACAAGUCUCGUUUCGGCAAGAUGUCAUGGCCUGGCAAGCUGACGGCUCCGUCAUUGCCGAGGAUGGCGGCAGUGCAGUGCUUGGGACGGUCAUGGCCAACCCACAUGACGUGCAGAGGGGCAAGCGUGUCAACGUGACAUACCAUGAGCCAGACGCAUCUGUCAAUGUCAUCUUCAAGAACUUUCUCCGCCGCCAGCUCUCCGAGACAGAGCGAGAGGUGGUCACCACAUCCGUGCUGCGCCACGUGCUUGUUCCCCGGCUUCGCGGCAACCACACCUUGCACCAGCAUCGGCUGUGCCUGCGCUGA